AUGGAGCUCCUUCCCGCGACGCGCCUCGCGCCCUCCGCGCCGAAGCCCUGCGCUCCGGGCACGGGGCGCGCCCCGCACCCUGCGCCCGGAGCGGGCGGACGGUGCAUGGGCGGCGGGAAGGCUGCCAUUGCCGCGCUCCUCGCCUCGCGGUUUCGGCGCCGCGAGCUUCGCAGCACACGGAGGGCCGCGCAGCCGGCUGCGGCGCCCUUUGAAAUCUGCGAAGUGCCGGGGAAGGGCCUCGGGGCGGUCGCCUCCCGCGACGUGAAGGUCGGGGAGCUGGUGGCGGAGGAGCGGCCGCCCAUCACUUAUGUGGAGAAGUCCGGAUGGGUGGAGGACAUGGAGAAACAGUUCGCGGCGCUGCCUGCUGAUACCCAAAACGCGCUCAUGGCGCUGCAUGACACGGAGGAGGAGAAAUCCUUGAAGGGCAUCUUCAACACCAACAGCAUCGGCUGCUACAGCAGCGCCUUGGACGGCGUGCUGUGCGUGGUGAUCAGCCGCUUCAACCACAGCUGCUUGCCGAACUGCGAGCAAAGCUGGGACGACGACCUGUUCCGGCAGCGGCUGUUUGCCUGCAAGGAUAUCAAGAAGGGCGAGGAGCUGUGCUUCUCCUACGUCGAGCCCUUUCUUUCCUUCGCGGAGCGCUCGGAGAUCUUGGAAAAGCGCUACGUCUUCCGCUGCGACUGCCCGGCGUGCACGCGCUCAGGGGAAGCGCUGCGGCAGAGCGACGCGCGGAGGCGGCGGCUGGGGCAGCUGGUGAGUCAGCUCAGCCAAGGUGCGAGCGCAGAUGCGGAAGGAGGAGUGGCGUUGGCGGAGGCCAUUUGGCUCUUCGGGCACGUGCACUGUGUGAUGGCCAUCGGAGUUCAAAUCCACUGUGACCAGGAUGGCCUUAGUUACUUCGCGCCCAUGCGGGUGGUGCAGCCAGACGUGCUGCUGGCACUACAAGGGAGGCACACCCCGGCUGGGAGGAUCUUCGUGGCCUUCCAAGCCGACGGCCCGGGCGCCUUCGAGGCGCUCCACGUGGCCCGCGCCCGCGCCGUGCGCCUCGCGGCGCCGAGCGGCGCUGCGGCGCCGAGCGCCGCGGCGGACGGCGACGACGCGGCGGACGGCGCGGCGGGCGGCGACGUGCGGCGGGAGAUGGCGAGAGCCCUUGCGGCCAGCGACGCGACGGCGCUGGGGCGUGUGCUCUACCACUGCCUCGAAGCUCACGGCGAAAGCGAUGAGUCCGCGAAGGCGGUCUUGUUAGACCUGGCCGGCCGCUACACCGGCCAGCGCGCGCUCCCUCCGCGGAGCUCCCUGGUGAAGUGCCGGGAGGAGAGCUGA